ACCCAACGCGCUGUUGCACGACUCUAUGGUCUGCGCUCCAAAAAAUUACUUCGGGCACGAGCAUCACCUGUUCCAGGAGCGACUGCUAUGGCUUCUACAUUCCCUCGCCAGUGGCGUCCUGCUGGUAGACUGGACUUGUCUCCUUGCCUUGCACUACUACUGCUUCUGCACUCCUGUUUUCGACUGCCGUGGGUACCAAGCACGCUCCUGCUCAUCGACUCUCCGUUCUGCGCUCCAAGAGAUUACUUCGAGCACCAGCAUCACCCGUUCCAUGAGCGACUGUUAUUGCUUCUACGUUCUCUCGCCGACGGCGCCCUGCUGGCAGACUGGACUUAGCCUGGCGCCCUUGCACUUGAUUCUGGUUCCCAGUGUUUGCUGUCGCUUGCGGCGCAAGAGAAACAGUCCAGCACUCUCAUUUACAAGAACAUUACUGGCCUUGCCUCACGAACAACCAUCUUCAGCCCGGUCGUCCUGCCGCGUGCUCUAUGCAACAAGCUUCCUCACACUAGUGAACUCGUCGCACGCCUGUCUUGGCGGUGUCCUUCACUGUUUUGACGGCGUGUUCAUGCUCUGAAGGACUGCGUGUGGUCACCGCCCCGAGACCGUCCAUCGGAUGUGCUCCUACAGUUCGUUGUUGCCUUUUUCUGCAGGCAUGUUUACAUUUCGUGUAGCAAGUUUUUCUGUUUUGGAAGUGGCACGUUGCUUAGCGAAUGGCUAGCGCUUCUAGGAAUCGGGUUAAUACGAAGCAGAACAGUAAAGGUCCGGUUAAGUGGACACCACUCGGUACUUAAUAAGGACUGUCGAUGUUUUCAUGAGCCGAUCUGUAAAUUUUUGGUGGCGAGAGUAAUGGACAUUCAUUCAUUGUGCUCUUUUGUAGUGUGUGUGUGUGUGUGUGUGUGUGUGUGUGUGUGUGUGUGUGUGUGUGUGUGUGUGUGUGUGUGUGUGUGUGUGUGUGUGUGUGUGUGCGCGCCGCCUACUCUGUGCUCCUUUCUUUCGAUCGAGAACGUAUGACAUGAGCUCCGUUGGUACCUGGCGCACUUCGAAUUGUUUGUUUUGGUAGCAUUUCCAACGUCAGUUGCUUCACUUUUCCCGGUUUAUUCCUAUUGAAAGGUUCCUGGUUUGUAGGUUUACUAUCGUCUAUGGACAUCCUCUUUUGGAUUCGUCGAACCGCUGGUUUCCUUGGCUUUGGUCCCUGUGUUGAUCUCUUUUCAGCAUUCAGCGGAUUUGUUCAGGCGCCUUUCUCGUGCCAGAAACGGUCUUCACACAUUCUCGGUUCUUCCACGUCGCUCAUCACUGGCUCUAAAAGAUUAACAAAAGCUUUAUUGGUAGAAAGAACUUCGUUGCCCCUAAAACGGGGCAACGUCGUGUGGUCGGACCCCUAUUCCAAGGCAUCGCUGGCCCUCGCCAUCCUUUCUG